AUGAGAGAUGAAGUCAGAUCGGUUUGUUUGCGGUUAACGAUCUUCUCCAGACAGGUAUUUAUGAAUGACAGGGAUAACUUUAUUUUAGCUUGCUGGUUUUAUCAUCUCUCAUGUUGGCCUUUGCGCAUUGGUGGCCUUAUAUGCAGUUCUUGGAGCAUUUAUGUUCAGAGCUAUCGAAUAUCCGGAGGAAUUACAAUUCCAGGGACAUAUUGCAAAUGACACCUGGAAGACUGUUGAAUUGUUAUAUAAAUUCAUCGAUGAAUCCAAUGUCAUCGAAGAAAAUGAAGUCAAAAAGAAGGCCCACGAACUCUUCAAACAUUAUGAGUUGCUACUAGUAAAGGCAGUUAACUAUGAAGGAUACGACGAGAAGGAUGACGUUAAACCGACAUAUCAAUGGACAUUCUCUGGAGCAUUGUUAUACUCCAUAACUGUCUUUACAACUAUUGGAUAUGGCCACAUUUGUCCAAAGACUGCUUUGGGAAGAGGAAUGACCAUCUUAUACGCUAUGAUUGGUAUCCCCUUGAUGCUUUUGUGUUUGGCCAAUAUUGCUGAAAGUUUGGCCCAGGUUCGUUUUGUCAUCAUUUUCUUUAUUUCUUUAGGUAUUCACAUUUGUAUACUUCAAAGUUUGCUGUGCUUAUUGUCGAUGGCAAGCUAAGAGAAGAAGAGUUCGAAGGGCCGCCCUCAGCUUCAGAUAUCACCCAAAUGCUCCAGUUAAUGUACGACGGGGUAAGGAAUCACAAUUAUGUAAGCUCACGACGAUUAUUAAAAACUUUACGGCUCAUUCAGCUCGAACGAUCUCAAGACACAAUAGUCAAUUAAAGAGGGGGGCUAGCAUAAACAGAAAGAAUAUGCCCUUGAGAAGUGGCUUCAGCGACACAAAGAGCAUGAAGUCGGUAAGAUCCCUCAACAGAUACGACACUCACUCUCUGCCUGGGAAAAGAAAAAUAAGUCACGCAAAGCAUGGAUCUCCUUCGGAUCCUUUGGCCAGAAAUAAUUUUUCGAAGGGGAAGGUACAAAAACAUUCAACUGUGCAUGGAUUGGUGGAUUCGAGCAGCCUCGAAAUGGAUCCAUUAUUUAAUUAUCAGAAAAGAAGGAACCUGAUCAAAUGUUGUGAUCGGCCCAGAAGAGAAUACGGAAGAGGUAAGGAGACUUAGUUCCUAACCUGUGCUUAAGGAGGUCUUCCAGUCAGAUAUCUAAACAGUGAUGAUGACAAGUCAGCCAUCCUGGAGGUCAAGUCUAAUAACAGUGUCAAUGGGACUGGCUCCAUGCAAUCUUGGAAUAGGGGAUCAGCUACAGCUCCAAUUAGGAGGAAGCCAAAGAGAAGACCUCCCAAACAUUUUGAUGAUUCAGUCAUUUCAGGGUAGGGGAAGUUGGAAAGGUGGUGGAAUUAUAAAUUUAGAAAUGGAAAAGUGCCUCAAAUAACAGUUAGCGACAAUGAAAAAGAACGAUUGGCUCAUGGGACAGAUACAAUGUCUGAUGAAGAAGAUUACGUCGACCCGUCAAUUUCAGUCCAUCAUCUAAGUGCCUUGAGGGAAAGUGAAGGUGGCACUCCACCCCGAGCACUGCCCAAACAAAGCUCAGUCGAUGCCCAAUCAGUGACCCGACGCCGAGACGAAGUGAGGUCUUAUCGGAGCGAGGAACGGAGUGAUGACUUCAGCAUCCGCUCAUUCAGACGUGGCUACAAAAGGGAGAAGAUGCCUGUUUCAGUCGGAAUCAUCACUGUCAUACUGUUCAUUGCCGGAGGGGCUAUUCUGUUUGCUAUUUGGGAAGAUUGGAAUCUGUUCGACGGAGCCUACUACUCCUUUAUUACCUUAUCUACUAUUGGAUUUGGUGAUAUUGUUCCUGGGCAGACUCUCGACGACGAGGAUUCCCAGGAGAAACUCAUCGUUUGUGCGUUAUAUCUGUUAUUUGGUAUGGCUCUGAUCGCCAUGUGCUUUAAACUUAUGCAAGAUGACGUUGUCCAAAAGGCCAGAUGGUUGGGACAAAGAAUUGGCAUUAUAGGUAAGGUGCUGGGAAUUACGGAAACCAAAAUCUUAUAGUGAAAGAGGAAUCGUCAGAGUCUGAAUCAGAGUUCGAGGAUGAGAUUGUGAUCGAGGAAGACGACGACGAUGAUUUUUUGGAUGAAAAGGAGAUUGAGAAUGUAAGAAAAGACCAUCAAUUAUCACAAACUUUAGGUCAUAAGCAGAUAA